UGCUGCCAAGAAACAAGUCAGACGGGUUGCAAAACAAAGUGAAAGGCAAAAGAAAAGACACACAGUCACAACAUCCUCAAGAUCCGAGUACUUUUUUUAACUGAUUUCUAUUUUUUGAAAGCAUGAUGGCACCAUCGAGAAGGAUUGUCGUCUUGGGAAAAACUGGAGCUGGGAAGAGCAGCCUCGCCAACACAGUAUUUGGUGAGACUGUGUUCAAGAUAGAUGAUGGACCCAAUUCCGGAACAAGUAAAUGUCAAGCAGAGACGAAAUUGGUCAAUGGAAGAUGCAUUACGUGGGUAGACACUCCUGGGUUUUUUGACACUGAGAAAUCUGAGGAGACGCUGAAGCCUGAGAUAGUGAAGUGCAUCACAGAGUGCGCUCCUGGGCCUCAUGCUUUUCUCAUUGUUCUUCAAAUGCAGAAAUUCACAGAGCAAGAGAAGGACAUCAUCAACAAACUGCAGCAAUAUUUCUCUGAAGACACUCUAAAAUAUGCAACUGUUCUCUUUACUCAUGGUGACCAGCUUCCUGAGGAAAUGACGAUCAGGCAGUGGGUCGAUCAAAAUGCAGGUCUGAGUGAUCUUGUGAAGAAGUGCGGAGGCCGCUGCCAUGUCAUUGAUAAUAGACACUGGAAGAACAACCCGCAGGAUGAAUACAGGAGCAACAAGUACCAGGUGAAGGAGCUCCUCAGAACAAUAGAUAAGAUGAUUGCGGAAAAUAAUGGACACUACUACACCAAUGAGAUGCUACAAGAAUGUGAGAGACAAAUACAACAAGAGGGAGUAAAAAUUAAAGAUUCAUUUCCCGAGAUGUCACAGGAAGCAAUCAGAGCGCAGGCUAAAAGCACAGUUCUGAAGCGUUGGGUCUUGGCAAUAGUGGGUGUUACAACAGUAGCAUUGUUGGGAAUUUUCCUUGGUGGGAAAAAGAUGAAAGAAGGACUUACAACUGCAUUAGUACUAGUGAUGGGAACAGAAGCUGGACGUGCAGUAAGUUAACAUGCUACUGCAGCAAUGACUUCUGGGGAAUACCAGCAGCAGCAGGGGGUUUUAUAUGAAGUGAUAGAGCUAACAAAGCUGACUCACAGCAGAGGUAGCUGAAAUUGCAAGGCCGAAGCACACAUCUGUAAGGUAAAAAGAGGUUUGGGACUAAAUACCAGAUUUCUAAGAAUCACCUAAAUGAUUUCUAUAUCAUGUCGUGUUAUGGGGUUAUUGUUUUAUUAAUGGUUAACUGGUCAUUGCUCCAAUAAGUUACGGUUAAUUGCAAAAGGUGCUGUAUUCACAGAAUCACUACAAUUAAGAACAACAAUGAGAAGUGGGACUGAAAUGCAUUUUCUACUUUUCUUUACAUCAGACUUCAGCACAUGUUCACACUGCCCAUUCACCAGUUGUGGCAUGUUGGCAUUGUACGUUUCUGCUAACUAUUGAUGCAUUACAUUUUAUACCUAUCAAAUCAACGUGUCCACAGAGAUGUAGUUAUAUGUAUAUGGGGCAGAUCUGUCACUGUGAGGUGUAGGGGGAAAACAAAAUACAGAUGUUACGUAUAGGGUUUGCAUUAAGAUUCAAUGCCAACAUUUAUUCUGAUGAUUGGGUUUGUUUAAACACAAGACGUCUGCCAUGAAAGUUUUUGUUGCAGGCUGACUGUUAAAAUAUGAACGCACUGUAUAUUGAAUUUGUUGUAUCUACUGUAGUUUGACAAAUAUUGAUAGAGUACUAUUCAUUUGCUUUCUUUCUUUUUUGUAUUAACAUACUUCUGUGUGUGAUUUAAGGAAAAGCCAUUGCGUUAUUAUUCAUUCUUCAGUAUAUCUCAGAGAUAAUGAUGAUAAAUUGUCUGGGCCAUAACUGUAAGGUUACUUUUGAUUCUCUUUUUUGGUAUGUUUUCUUUGUUACAGAGUUAACUAUUAAUCAAUAAAUCAGCAAAUUCCA